CGCCGCUGUGUGAGAGGAGUUUCCGUGCGCUACGGUCCGGCUCGCUCCAGUCUGGAUCCCUACCGUGCUGUUUACAGCGAGGAUGAGGAAGACGUCCUUAACUCCCUUAAUUCAUCACCUCUGAGCGGAGUAAAACUGUAGGCUCCUGAUCCUGUCCGCGUUUCACGGAGAUGAUGAUAAGGUGUCACACUGGCAGCUCUCGAUCACACUACGGAUGUCGUCAUGCGCCCCAGUGGCGUCGCUGAGUAGCGGGGAGUCACUGUGCCAGGUCCGGUCACACCGGGAAAGUUGCGCUCGAGAGUGUUGUGUGGGACAUGGGAGCACGCCUGGGCCGAGUAGGAUACGCUGGUGAAGGAUCGGCGUCCUGAGUGGCGAGCUGUUUGUUGGUGUCGGGAGAUCCAGGGUGCGUCGCACCGGCGCCAUGCGCACCGAGCACAGCUUCGUUUUGCUGCUCCUCAACGGGACGGCGUGCCUGUUGGUUUUGGCACAGGAAGAUCACCACUCCUCCUCUUCGCUGAUUCCUAAGUCCUCCUCUCUUGCAGAACCCUCUAAGACUCUGAGUGUUCUGGGCGGUCAGGGCUCUGUCUCCCCCCUCAGCCGCUGGGUGCUGCACAGCCGCAGUCGAGCAGCCAAUGCUUCAGCGCUAGAGCUACCCUACCGCUCACCUGUACCCUUCUCCAAGCAAGAAUUCUGGGAGAUGCUGGGCAGUGACCUCCUCAAGCCUGACACCAGCUCUGAUGAUGAUGCCUCAGCGAGCUCUCGUGUCAAGCGCCGUCCCAUCGUCAAGACAGGCAAGUUUAAGAAGAUGUUUGGCUGGGGUGACUUCUACUCUAACAUCAAGACAGUGCGUCUCAACCUGCUCAUCACUGGCAAGAUUGUGGACCACGGUAAUGGGACAUUCAGUGUCUACUUCCGCCACAAUUCCACAGGCCAGGGCAACAUCUCAGUCAGCCUGGUACCACCUGUAAAGGCAGUGGAAUUCGACUUGGAGCGCCAGAGCGUAGUGUACCCAAAGGACUCCAAGAUCUUUAACUGCCGUGUGGACUACGAGAAGGUGGACCGCAGCAAGCGCACCUCGCUGUGCAAUUAUGACCCAUCCAAGACCUGCUUCCAGGAGCAGACCCAGAGCCAUGUGUCCUGGAUCUGCUCCAAGCCCUUCAAGGUCAUCUGCAUCUACAUCUCCUUCUACAGCACAGACUACCGGCUAGUGCAGAAGGUCUGUCCGGACUACAACUACCACAAUGAGAUGCCCUACCUUCCCUCUGGAUAGAAGGGAAUGGGUAAAGGGGGCAGAAAGACGGGGAUGGGAUUUGAGAAGAAGUGAGAAACAGUACAACCAAGGAGGAAGGGAUGAGGAGAAAAGAGCAUGAAAGUAUGAUGAGGAUGGAAGUAUUGAUAUGGGAGGUGUGGGUAUAUUUUAAGUUAUAGAAACGUUCUCUUCAGGGUAUAUACGGGACCUUUUAGGGAAUCGUACCUGUUCUGAAAAGACCCCUUUGCAAACAGAGCAUUUUUUCAUGGGAUUGUGUUUGAUCAUCUGUAAUAUUCCUAAGGUGAAUGUAAGGCAUUUUGCUCCUGUGAUAAAUGUCUUUAAAGAAACUCUCAAAAAAUCCUGACGAAUGUGACUGCAAAGCUCAACAUAUGCAAAUCAAGCUCUCUAGAGCAGGAAUGCGGGUGAGAGAGCAUCCUAACAUCGUAACAUGAGGCUUUGGUGACAGGCAACCCCCACCGGUGUGCUUUUUAUGCAUCAUCGGGCCUACAUCAGGGCAAGGUGACAUACAUAUCCAAGAAAUCAUAAAAACAAAGAACAAUUACUAUGUUGAUUUCAAUACGCCUACUAUGCAGAUGCUAGGGGUGGUGUUCAGGUUCCUGAGGACAAAAAGAAGUCUAUAUUUUCAGUGUAUAAUUCAGGUUGAACUCUCCAGAACAGCCAACAACAACAACAAUUUAGACACACAUGACCUCUGGGUAUCCUCAACUGCAAGUGUUCUCAAAGUAAAAGAGGAACGAGAAAAGAAGAAACGAUUAAGACAGUGGAGCAUGCAAAAACACAGCAAAGACAAAUGAAAGAGAGAGAAAAGGCAAAAGUGAGAGAGAGUUUAGGACGCUUUUUAAUUAAAUGUGAAGCAGAGAGAGAUGUUGAGUAUGAAUUGCAGCAUCCGCUCUAUUGUUCUAGCCAUAUGAGAUGCGGGGGAAAAAGAUUACAUUUUGUUGCUGACAGGACUCCUGAUUUCUCAGCAUGAUAAGUUACCCACAGAAUGCAAGAUUGUUCCAUCCUUUUCUGCUAGUGUCAGCCUGUAAUCUGUGAUUAAAAAGCAGAAUAUUAUCAUUUAGGACUUAUUUAAAGACUUUGUUCAAUGGAUUGGAUAGAUUCAGAUAUUCAUUUGGCCUGGGAAAUCUUUUGACGGGCCAAACUACUGCAUUAGACAAAUCAGCAGUCAACUUGACCUUCAAGUGAUUUAAUGACCAUUUCUGUUAAGGUCAUGUUGUAAUAAACAGAUUAACUUUGCUAGUGGGUGAGGAGGUCAGAAAAUGAAAGAGCAUAAAAAAAUAAAGGAAGGAAGGUGGGGGGAGGGGCGAUGGGAGACCGUAAAAGAACAGCUAUAGUGACAAGAAAUGCAGCUGUGACGGUCAGGGAGUUGACAAACAGAGAAGAAAGUGGUCAGGGGUAUUGAUUGAACACAGUGAAGAGGAUAGAUGUAGAAAAUGUGGGGGGGUAUGAGCAUGGCUUGAAUGAUGUUGCUAAAUGUAGUAACACUAGCGCAAUGUGGAACAUCAAAGCAUCAUGCUGUUUGAUUUAAUGGAAUGUUUAAAGAAAAAACAAAGAGAGAAGGAAAAGGUAAAUGGCAGUCUUUGUAUGAGUUUAUAACUAAAAGUAUAUCUUUCCUGAAGAGAAAGCCAGCAUGGUGUAUCCCCCUUAGGCCUGCGCAUUAGCACUGAUAUAAAGGCUGGAGUCUUGCUCAGUUAUGAAGCCUGUACCCAUUCCAUUUAUCUCAUUCUACUCCCUUUCCAUCCAACAUAAUCUCAUUAGGAACUGCUCAUGGAGCCAUUUUUCAAAUGUGUUAUUUGAGUGCUUAAAAAAUAACUCAAUCAAAUAUAACACCAGUCUUACUACUCUAUUCAGAUGCAAAUCAAUAAUUCUAACAGUCUUUUACUGUUUAUGCUCAAAUAGUGACAAUUUCCUCAUCCAGUUAGCCGGAUAACCCUUGUCUGGUAAUUCCUAUAUCAGAAGCACAGAUAUACAGAGAUAUACACACUAGGCCUGGUGUGGUAGGUCUGUUCUGGCCUGGUGCUGAACUGUGCUGUGGCUCUCAGGCGACUCUGGAGCCUGCAUCAUAAAUACACACUAAUCUAUUCCAGGUUAACUACACUCUAACCUCCUCCAGUUUAACUACACUCUAAUCUCCUCCAGUUUAACUACACUCUAACCUCCUCCAGUUUAACUACACUCUAAUCUCCUCCAGUUUAACUACACUCUAACCUCCUCCAGUUUAACUACACUCUAAUCUCCUCCAGUUUAACUACACUCUAACCUCCUCCAGUUUAACUACACUCUAAUCUCCUCCAGUUUAACUACACUCUAACCUCCUCCAGUUUAACUACUCUAACCUCCUCCAGUUUAACUACACUCUAAUCUCCUCCAGUUUAACUACACUCUAACCUCCUCCAGUUUAACUACACUCUAACCUC